AGUGACCAGGGAGCACAGGGAAAUGCUGGUGAAACUGGCCAAACAGAACACCAACAAGGCCAAGGAUUCUUUACGGAAAGUUCGUACCAACGCAAUGAAUAAGCUAAAGAAAUCAAAAGACAAGGUCUCGGAGGACACCAUUCGGCUCAUAGAGAAACAGAUCAGCCAAAUGGCCGACGACACAGCUGCAGAGCUGGAUAGGCAUCUGGCAGUGAAGACCAAAGAACUCCUCGGAUGAAAGUCCACCAGGGCAGCAGUGCUCCAGAGCCCGGUUUCUGGUGGAGCCCGUGGGUGGCACAUGGGCACCUCUCUUCCCGUCCACACGGAACGCUGCCGCCUUGCAGCUGUCAGCGCCUGUGAGGCUCAGCCUUCCAGUGGGACACCCAGACUUUGUUCUUCUCUUCCUCCUGCUCCCUGCUCAGACAGUAUCUGCUGCAGACAGAUGGCCUCUACUUCAGGCAUUUGCCCCGAUCGUGACAUUGACAAGCAACUAGGACUAUUGGCAGGCUUAGCCCACCUGUUUCUCAUCUCGGGAGCCUCCUUUUCAAUUAGUCGGGCCCUGUCCCAAACUUUGAACUCUGGGCUGGUGUGGGCCUUCACCUGUGACCGGAUCCCUUUGCCAGAGGCCCAUUUUUACAUAACAGUAAAAUCAAAAUAAAUUGUAGAGAAUAACAAGCACAAAGGAUGGGUAGAAUCGGUCUGGAUUAAGGUCCUCUACGAACCUUUACAUAAAGCCACCAGAAUAAUG